UGCUACACUCUCUAUUCCUUUUGUAUUUGCCAUUACAAACAAUGAAUGCUUCUUUCUUCUUCAUCCUUUCCCUCUCUAUAGUACUCCUUCCAUAUGCAGCAGCUUUAGAUGCCAUUUCCCCACCUGCAAAAUGUGGUCCAAAGGGUUUCAAAAUCAUGUCCCCUUUCAGGUUAAAAACCCAGCACCAUGGUGACCCAAGUUUUGGGCUUUUUUGCAGAAACAAUUCCACCAUCAUUCACUUCCCUUUUUAUGGCGAUUUGGUCGUCAAAUCCAUUUCUUACGGCACAAGGAAACUAGAUCUUCUUGACUCCAGAAACUGUGUUCAUGAGGUUUUUUUAAACCUCGAUCUUUCCCACACUCCAUUCCAUUACUUCUAUGUGGUUAAGAACUAUACCUACUUGAACUGUUCAGCUUCCAUUGGGAGUUCAAUCCCAGAAAUCCCUUGCUUGAGUGGCUCUCAGCAUCAUGUUUAUACUGUGGAAUCAUAUCUUGAGGUUCCAGAUUCCUGCAGGACCAUCAAAACUGUUGCCAUUCCAUUUGCUUAUAGUUCUUAUCUUUCUGAUAGUAGCUUUGGUCUGGGCCUAACUUGGGAGUUGCCUCAACGUCACGACUUUGGAUUCCAAUUUAAAAGAACCUGCUUCCAUUUACCACCAAAUUCAGUCCCAAUGAUAGUGGGGUUGAUUCUUUUAGCUACUGCUGCUGCUGUUACAAUGUUGAAGAAAAUGAAAGACCCUUUAUACCACCAAAUUGGUUUCAAACGAAGAUAAGGAAAAUCAAUUUGCAGAGACGCUACUACCACCACAAAAUAUCUCCCAACCAUCACACUAAUAAUUACCGCUUCCAAUGUUACUUUUUCCUUUUCUCGUUUUUUAGUUUUGUUUCUGAUGUUUUCCAUCUUUCUUUGCUUAU